AUGCCGCGUAUCGAUGCUCCAGAUAUGAUGAAAGCCGAGAAGAUGGCAAAUGCCAUGCGAAUGACUGGGUUGAACCCAACAGAAGCGGAGGUGCGUCAGGUGCUCAGCCGCAAGGGCGGCCAGGCAGAGCUCUACACCUGGGCGAGCUUCUCCGAGGCGAUGCAGGAGGCACUUGCAGACUGGUCCUCAAGGGACCAGGCUCAAGAGCUGCUAAGCAGCUUCCAGGUGUUUGAUCCUCAAGGCACUGGCCUCCUUUCGCAGCAGAAGAUCUUGGAGAUCCUUCGCAUGGGAGGCAACAACUUCCCCGAAGAGAAGCUUCAGGAGAUGCUGCAAGGAGUGCCCCUGAACAGUGGCGCCGUGGAGUACCGCUGGCUGAUCCCUUACCUUUUGGGCCCAAACGCUGAGGCACCGGCACCCAAAACCGCUUUGCCGCCAGCUGCUCGCUUUCGCCGUGCAGUCCGGAAGCUCAAGAUGUUGCGAAUGGUGGCUUUCUCUUCUCGCACUUUCAGUGCAGAGAAUGCAGUUGGGGUUGUUGAAGCAAAUUUGGCCAUCGACGAGGAAUUUGAGCAGGUCAUGCGACGGAUGACACGGGGCAAGACCACCGUGAUCCGCGAUUGA